GAAGGGAGAAUUCCUCUGCUUCACAGUGAUUUGCGCUGGGGGACAGACAGUCGUUGGCCUCAGACCAGAGAGGGUGAUCCGACCAGGUCACCCAGUUAAAACUCAGUGCGUGGUGCCCUCCCUCUCUACCGCUUCUACUCGGGAAUGUCUCGGCGAAAGCAGCGGAGACCCCAGCAGUUAAUCUCCGACUGCGAAGGUCCCAGCGCAUCUGAGAACGGUGAUGCUAGCGAGGAGGACCACCCCCAAGUCUGUACCAAAUGCUGCGCACAAUUCUCUGACCCGACCGAAUUCCUCGCUCACCAGAAUGCAUGUUGUACUGACCCACCCGUAAUGGUGAUAAUUGGGGGCCAGGAGAACCCCAGCAACUCUUCAGCCUCCUCUGCACCCCGGCCAGAGGGCCACAGUAGGCCCCAGGUCAUGGACACAGAGCACAGUAAUCCCCCAGAUUCUGGGUCUUCUGGGCUCCCUGAUCCUACCUGGGGGCCAGAGCGGAGAGGAGAAGAGUCUUCUGGGCAUUUUCUGGUCGCUGCCACAGGUACAGCGACUGGGGGAGGUGGGGGCCUGAUCUUGGCCAGUCCCAAGUUGGGAGCAACCCCAUUACCUCCAGAAUCUACCCCUGCACCCCCUCCUCCACCACCUCCCCCUCCACCUUCAGGCAGUGGCCACUUGAACAUCCCUUUGAUCUUGGAAGAGCUGCGGGUGCUUCAGCAGCGCCAGAUCCAUCAGAUGCAGAUGACAGAACAAAUCUGCCGCCAGGUGCUGCUACUUGGCUCCUUAGGGCAGACGGUGGGUGCCCCUACCAGUCCCUCAGAGCUCCCUGGAACAGGGACUGCCUCCUCCACCAAGCCCCUACUGCCCCUCUUCAGUCCCAUCAAACCUGUCCAAACUGGCAAGACACUGGCACCCUCGUCCUCCUCUUCCUCCUCUUCAGGGGCAGAACCCCCUAAGCAGGCUUUCUUCCACCUUUACCACCCACUGGGAUCGCAGCAUCCCUUCUCUGUCGGAGGGGUAGGGCGAAGCCACAAACCUACCCCUGCCCCCUCCCCCGCCCUGUCAGGCAGCACAGAUCAGCUGAUUGCCUCGCCUCAUCUGGCAUUCCCAGGCACCACAGGACUCCUGGCAGCUCAGUGUCUUGGGGCAGCAAGGGGUCUUGAGGCUGCGGCCUCCCCAGGACUCCUGAAGCCAAAGAAUGGAAGUGGUGAGCUGGGCUAUGGGGAAGUGAUCAGUUCCUUGGAAAAGCCUGGUGGAAGGCACAAAUGCCGCUUUUGUGCCAAAGUAUUUGGCAGUGACAGCGCCCUGCAGAUCCAUCUUCGGUCCCACACUGGGGAGAGGCCCUAUAAGUGCAACGUCUGUGGUAAUCGCUUCACUACUCGGGGCAACCUCAAAGUACAUUUCCAUAGGCAUCGUGAGAAGUACCCACACGUGCAAAUGAAUCCACAUCCAGUGCCGGAGCACCUAGACUACGUUAUCACCAGCAGUGGGCUGCCUUAUGGAAUGUCUGUGCCGCCGGAAAAAGCAGAAGAGGAGGCAGUCACGCCCGGUGGGGGCGUUGAACGCAAACCUCUAGUGGCCUCCACCACAGCACUCAGUGCCACAGAGAGCCUGACACUGUUGUCCACUGGCACAAGUGCAUCCGUGGCUCCUGGGCUCCCUACUUUCAACAAGUUUGUGCUCAUGAAAGCCGUGGAGCCCAAGAGUAAAGCUGAUGAAAAUACUCCUCCAGGGAGUGAGGGCUCAGGCAUUACUGGAGUAGCAGACGGUGGCGCAGCAACCCGAAUGCAGCUAAGUAAGCUGGUGACAUCGCUGCCAAGCUGGGCGUUGCUUACUAAUCACCUGAAGUCAACUGGAAGUUUCCCCUUCCCCUAUGUGCUAGAACCCUUGGGGACCUCACCUUCUGAGACCUCAAAGUUGCAGCAGCUGGUAGAAAAGAUUGAUCGUCAAGGAGCUGUGGCAGUGGCCUCUACUGCCGCAGGAGCUCCGACCACUUCUGCCCCUGCACCUUCAUCUUCAUCUUCAGGACCUAACCAGUGUGUCAUCUGUCUCCGGGUACUGAGCUGUCCCCGGGCUCUACGCCUGCAUUAUGGACAACACGGAGGUGAGCGGCCCUUCAAGUGUAAAGUGUGUGGCAGAGCUUUCUCCACAAGGGGCAAUUUGCGUGCACAUUUUGUGGGUCACAAGACCAGUUCAGCUGCCCGGGCCCAGAACUCCUGCCCCAUCUGCCAGAAGAAGUUCACCAACGCGGUCACUCUGCAGCAACAUGUCCGAAUGCACCUGGGGGGUCAAAUCCCCAACGGUGGUUCCACACUCCCUGAAGGUGGGGGAGCUGCCCAGGAGAACAGCUCUGAGCAAUCUACAGUCUCUGGACCAGGGAGUUUCCCACAGCAGCAACCCCAACAACCAUCACCGGAAGAGGAGUUGUCUGAGGAAGAGGAAGAGGAUGAGGAAGAAGAGGAAGAUGCGACAGAUGAAGAUUCCCUAGCAGGAAGAGGCUCGGAGAGUGGGGGUGAAAAGGCCAUAUCUGUGCGAGGUGACUCAGAAGAGGUAUCGGGGGCAGAGGAGGAAGUGGGAGCAGUGAAUGCAGCACCCACCACCGGGAAAGAGAUGGAUAGUAGUGAGAAAGCGACUCAACAAUCUCUGCCACCACCUCCACCCGACAACCUUGAUCAUCCCCAGCCCAUGGAGCAGGGAACCAGUGAUGUUUCCGGAGGCAUAGAAGAAGAGGCCAAAUUGGAGGAGACCCCAAGCCCCAUUGCAGCACUCACCCAAGAAGGGGAGGGCACCAGCACCCCGCUGGUGGAGGAGCCAGGAGAGGGAAGCAGCAGAAAGGCCUGUGAAGUGUGUGGCCAGACCUUUCUUGCCCAGGCAGCUCUGGAAGAGCACCAGAAGAACCAUCCUAAGGAAGGGCCGCUCUUCACUUGUGUGUUCUGCAGGCAGGGCUUCCUUGACCGUCCUACCCUCAAGAAGCACACGCUGUUGGCUCACCACCAGGUACCACCCUUUGCACCCCAUGGCCCUCAGAAUAUUGCUACUCUUUCCUUGGUCCCUGGCUGUUCCUCUUCCAUUACUUCUUCAGGGCUCGCCUCGUUCCCUCGAAAAGAUGACCCUGCCAUCCCAUGAGCCUAUUUUCUGUACCCAGUCCCCAUGACCCAGGGCACAAAAACUGAGCGCUCCAUAGAAGGACUUUCAAGACUUAACUUUAACCUCCCCUUUUCUCAAGUUUUGACAUGAUGUUUCUAGUGGCUUCUCUCUAGUCCCUGAGCUUAAAAAUUGAGCUAGUUCCAGGAAAAGCUCCAAAGCUACAGAGAAACCCUGUCUUCAAAAACAAAAAACAAACAAAAAAAUGCAUUUAAAAGGGAAUGCCCUCUAAGAAAUUUGUAUCACCUUUUUGUUCUUUGUAACUAAGGAAAAUGAAUUCUCUAUAGCUUUCAUUCUCAAGGGGAGCCCUUUCCUCUUCUCCCUUUCCCUUUGGCAGGCACACGAGAACCACCAUCUUCGUCGUAGUGAUCUUGACCUUCUUGAGAAGCUUGUGAGGGGUGGAUUUCUUACCUUUCUACAACUGGUACACAGUUGUUACUGUCAGGUGGCCUAAGCACCAAGCCCUGGAGUUCUAGAUUCACCUGCGUUGCUACUUCGGCUGUAGCACCAUCAUUGCUAGUAAGCCCAGGAACUGUGCUUGAGAAGGUGACCCCAACAUGAUCCAGAAGGGCAGAGGAGAACAUAGCCUCUCUCCUGUUUCUGCCUCCCGUACCCAGGUGGUGCCUACCAGGCACACUAGAGAAAAGUAGCAAGUAUAACUUCUUUCUCUUCCCCCUACUCCAGAAGGUGCUGGCAAAGAAGAAUGAAGGAUUGGGAUGCUUUUUCAGUAUGUCUCUGGACUUGUCAGAUUAGGGCAAAGAAGUUGACUGGUCAAGAUGCAAGGACUCCUUCAUUUAUCAUGGCCUCCUAACCAAGAGGCCAUGGGCUAUAUAAAGUAUAAAGUUCUUAACUUUAAAGAGCCUUAUUGGUGAGGGUGGUUAGUGAAGUAAUCAUGACUGAAGGAGUGUUGCUGAAACAGGGAUUUCUAGGAACCUAUUUGCUAAAGAAUGGGAUGGGACGUAAGGGAGAGGAACUUCUGCUCUGGUUGAAUAUGACAUUCACGAUGUUCCUUUGAGCUAAUGGUGAGGUGGUAUUGCAGCAGCACCAGGGGUCAUGGGGACUUCGGGCACUAGAGUGCUUUUAGUUUUAGAUGACUCCCGAUUUUAUUCCCUUGCCCCUUGUAUGUCCUUCAUCUUCUCAAAACCCCUUCCCUCCCCAGCUUUGCCUGAUCGUGGACCAGAGCUUACGUCUUGAUUUUUUUGUCUGCUUCUAAGAGUCCCAGACAUUGAGAGACAAGCUUCAAGUGGUUCCUCCCUGCCUCUCUGUCUUGUAGUGAGAUGUAGUACUUACUCUUCACAUAGGAUCCCGUGGAGCAGGAGUUCUGAGGGGGAGACUGGAUUUGCUGUUAGUUGAUGUCAGCGAUGAUUCUAAAGUAGUGACUCCAGAGCUCCUAACACAGAGAUAUGUAUAAGAGCAGAGUAAGGGAUACACGUAUGUGUCCCUCCGUCAUUAAAGGUGUUUUGGCCAA